AUGUACGCAGAAGCUGGGAUGUGGGAAAAAGUAAACAAUUUGAGAGCUUUAUCAAAAUGUCAGGGUAAGAAGAAGAAUCCCGGAAGUAGUUGGAUUGAGAUCAAUGGGAAAUCUCACUUGUUUCUUGGAGGAGAUAAAUCUCACCCGCAAUCAAAGGAAAUUCGCUUGUUAUUGGAGGCCUUGCCUGAGAAAAUAAAGGCAACUGGGUACAUACCAGAUACUAGUUUUUUGCUGCAUGGUGUUGGUGAAGAAGAGAAAGAAUGUAACUUAAAGAUUCAUAGUGAGAAGCUGGCGAUUGCAUUUGGGCUUCUUAACACAAGCCCAGAUACAGUUCUUAGGGGUCUUGUUCUUGUGGAGACUAUUGGUGAUUAA